AUGUCUGGAAGGCUGUGGUCCAAGGCCAUUUUUGCUGGCUGUAAGCAGGGUCUCCAGAACCAAAGAGAGCACACAGCUUUCCUUAAAAUUGACAGUGUUUAUGCCCGAGAUGAAACAGAAUUCUAUUUGGGCAAGAGAUGUGCUUAUGUAUACAAAGCAAAGAACAACAGAGUGACUCCUGAUGGCAAACCAAACAAAACCAGAGUAAUCUGGGGAAAGGUAACUCUGGCCCACAGAAACAGUGGCAUGGCUUGUGCCAAAUUCCAAAGCAAUCUUCCUGCUAAGGCUAUUGGACACAGAAUCCAAGUGAUGCUGUACCCUCAUGCUGUACCCCUCAAGGAUUUAAACUAA